GGGAAUGGAUGGGAUGAUACGCAAUCGCAGAGCAUCUUGGCGCAAUUCUGAACCACAUUCUCGGUCGACAGAGGGGUAUAGAGGGGUGCACAUAAAUACUGCUUUGAAACCCCGCAGCGAAUACAAUUCCAUCAAUUGACAUUGUCAACGAUCAAUAUCCACCGACACCACUACCUGAAGACACUUCGCCCAGUGCAGAGUAUACCCCAAAGGUUAAUCACUCGCCAUGCGCUCCCUUGAAUGGCUCUCAGCCGCCGCUUUGCUGCCUCUGGUAGCCGCGGACUGGCAAUUCAAGUCGCGGACCGACCUGGCCCCGCCUAGACUUAACAUCACCAUCCCCGCUGCUGAAGACGUCGAGAAGGGAUACCUCUUUGUCGCUCCAUUCGCUGGCUUCCCAGACACCGCGGGAGAACAGCACGGUCCCCGUCAGGCUGCUCCGUACAUCUUCCGCGAUGACGGAGAGCUGGUCUGGUCCGGGUACGGCUACUACUCCAUCUGGGCUACCAACUUCCAGAAGGCUCGCUGGAAGGGCAAGGAUGUCCUCUUUUGCUUCGAGGGUGACCAUAACCCUGGUUAUGGUCAUGGUCACGGGCACACGACUAUCCUUGACCAGCACUAUGAGACUAUCCGUGAGCUUCGUGCUGGCAAUCACAAGCUGACUGAUAAGCACGAGUUUCAUGUCAUCAAUGAGGAGACGGCUUUGAUCCAGAUCUACCAGCCCACUCCUAUGGAUCUUACUCCGUGGGGAGCUAGUCCUGAGCAGCAGUGGAUUGUUGAUGCUAUCAUUCAAGAGCUUGACAUUGAGACUGGAGAGCUUCUGUUUGAGUGGUCCAGCCUGGAACAUGUUCUCCCCGAUGAGGCCAUCCUCCCCAUCAACCCCGGCCAAGCCGGCUCCGGCUACAACUCCUCUGACGCCUGGGACUACUUCCACAUCAACUCUGUUGAUAAGGAUUCUGAUGGUAACUACCUCAUCUCCGCUCGCGACGCCUGCUCCGUGCACAAGAUCAACGGCGCAACCGGCGAGAUCAUCUGGCGCCUCGGCGGGACAAAGUCCGACUUUGAGCUCGGCGACAACGUCAAGUUCUGCUUCCAGCAUCACGCCCGUUUCGUCUCCAAGGAGGGUAGCAAGGAGAUCAUCUCGCUGUACGAUAACUCCGCGCAUGGAACUGAAGACGGCCGGGGACAUGAAGUCCACACGCACCCGUUCUCCCAAGGUAAGAUUAUCGAGGUCGACACGGCUACCUGGAAGGCGACCAUCGUUCAGGCGUUCCAGCCUCCUGAUGGCCUUCUGUCCAAGUCCCAGGGAAGCACGCAGCUUCUUCCUAACGGAAACGUCAUUGUCAACUGGGGCUCCGAGGGUGCGCUGACCGAAUUCCGUGCCGACGGGACCCCCAUCUUCCACACCUACAUGGACUCGGGAUACCUGGGCCUGGGCGUCGAGAACUACCGCGGCUUCCGGUACAACUGGACCGGUCUCCCGAACGAAACCCCCGCCAUCGUUUCCCUCGAGAACGACGAGGGCACAACCGUCUACGUCUCCUGGAACGGCGAUACCGAGACGAAGCUGUGGCGCUUCUACAGCGUUGCGGACGAGUACGGCUCGCGCGAGUUCCUUGGCGAAGUUGAACGUACUGGUUUUGAGACCUCGCUCCCUCUCAAGGGUCGUCGUGUCGGUGCCGUUGCGGCCGAAGCGGUCGGUGCCAAUGGUCGUGUCCUGACCUCGACUGCUGCUGUUAAGACCAAGGCCGAGGUGCUUCCUCCGAGGGGUUCUUUCUCUGGGUCCUCAAUCAAUGCUCCUACGUACACUCUGUAUGAUGAGAAUGGUGAGGAGGUUCGGCUUGUUGAGCAGAAGGGUGCGCAGAAGAGUAACUGGGAGGAUUACAUGAUCCUGAAGGUGAACCGUUUCGACUUGAAAUGAGCGACUGCGACACGGUCGUUAGUCCAUAACCGUACCUGCUAGUGCCUGUCGUUGGCUUGCCUCAUGCCAUCUGGAUGAUGUUUGAAGAUUUUUGAAAUGAGAAGACUUGAACUUGAGUAGCAUAUUGACGCGUCAACCUAACUUGAAUGGUGAGAUAAUUUCUCUCAGACAACUUGGCCUCAGUGCACUUCCUCGGUCCUACUACUUUCCAGACCCCAAAGGGCCGUGCCGUUUCUGUCCCUAGCCCUGACGAUCAAACUGGAUCGACGUCCCCCACAAGCAAUCACAGACCCCUUCGCCACCAACGCAACCAUAUGAAACAGGAAUCAAGCAUAGCGCUGACGCCAAGCACCCGGGUACCAUCCCAUCCGUACCCAUCUAGGCACAUUGUACAUCGUCCAUUGGAACCUCAUACCUCCCAAACCCUCUCAAACCCCACAAUUUCGCAAACAACCGGCACCUCUCCAUCUGCAACAUCCCCCUCCUUGAACCAGUAAACCUGCUUUACUCCCAGCGCCGCCGUACACGCCACGAAACCUCCCACCUGCACCUCCCCUGCCCCUUGUCCCUGUCCCCGACUCUGCACCUCGACCUUCACAUCCCUCAGCAUCAACCCCCCAUCCUGCCCAAACCCAAACCCCUUCGUAUACUCGCCCCCCUUCUCAUUCCCCAGGACAACUUGCUUGUACGUACUACUCAGCCCGUCCUCGUCGGAGAGGUAUAGCGGCGCCUCGGAGCUCGCGCCGAUGACGUUGGAUGUGUCGAGGGUUAUGGAGCCGUCGCCUUCGUAGAGGGCGAGGGGUUGUGCGAGGGAGGAGUUUGUUAGCAGCACGUAGUUUGUGCGGCCGUUGUAGGUGAUUGAGGAACUGAGGUAGAGGUUUGUUGUUGAGCGGAGAUAGUAGCGGUAUGGUUGGGGGGUUGGUGUGGUCGUUUGUGUUAAUGUUGGAGAUGGGGAGCGUGGAUAAGUGUGGACGGGUUGGGUGAGGUAGAGGAGAGUGAAUGCAACGAGAGAUGGGAAGAACAUGGUGAUUGUUCUUGUAAGAAACAAUUCGUAGGAGGUCGAAGCUAGAAUGAGGAAAAAGGUAGCGAGCGGGCGACCAUCCAUGGAUUUAU